CUAGUAUCCAUUAGCUGCCAUGUCAAUCUCCAAUUCCAAUCAAAACCUAUUUAGCAAUGACUGGAAAGCUGCCUAUGAAAGGCAACAAGAAGUAAUCAUGCAACAACAACAAUCAUUGAAUCGAUUGGAAGCUUGUAUGGCUGAGAUCAGAAAUAUGCUCCAAAUAUUUCAAUUUAGAAACCAAACAGUCGAAAAUCCACCUAGGGGUGAUAGGCAACCUAGAGGAGCUUUACCAGCAUAAGACCUGGUAGCAGAGUUCGAUGACCCAGACCAUCUCACAAAUGCCCAACAUGAGCCCAACAACAAAAACCUUAGGACUAAAGACAGGUGGGAUCAGGCGAUUAAAAUUGACGUAGGUGAGUUCGAGGGCAAAUUAAAUCCAGAGGAGUUCUUAGAUUGGGUAGAAAAGGCUGAUCAAUUCUUUGAGUGGAAAGAAAUACCAGAUGAUAAAAGGGUUAAAUUUGCUAGCUUGAAAUUGAAGGGACAUGCACUAGUUUGGUGGAAACAAGUCCAAUUUGAUAGGCUAAGUAAUGGAAAGGAAAAAAUUAACUCAUGGGACCACAUGAAAAGAAAACUAAAAAGAAAAUUUUUAGCUAGUUGACUUCAACAAGAUGAUUUUUCAAAAGCUUCACAACCUAAGGCAAGGAACUAGAACUGUGCAAGAGUACACUGAAGACUUUUAUUCACUAUUUGCACGAAAUGACAUUAGAAAAAUAGAAGAACAGACAAUAGCUCGCUAUGUAGCAGGUUUACGACCCCAAAUUCAAGAUGAAUUGAGCCUCUAUGACUUCCAGAAGGUUGAUAUAGCCUAUAGUCGAGCCCUUAGGGUUGAAAAUAAACUAAAAAGAUUGACUGUUCGUGGAUUUGAAGGUAGAAGUAAAGGACCCAUUAAGACAAACGGUAGCAUACAAGUUAAACCUGCCCAAGAAUCAUUAGGAAAAGAACAUGGAGUCUUAGGUCCUAAACCUCUGGGAGUGAUUUGCUACAAAUGUAGGAAGACAGGACAUAAAUUUUCAGAAUGCCCAUUAAGAAAAUUUAACCCCACAUAAACCUAAUAGAACGUGAAGAUGCAAACAUUAAUGAAGAUGAGGAAGAACAAGUAGAGGAUGAUCAUUGUGAAGCUGAGGGUGCCGAUCUAGAAGCAGAAUAUGGCGCCUAUAAUGAAACGGAAGGACAAUCAUUUGUCAUGCAUAAGUUGAUGAUAAACCCUAAGGUCCUAAGCGAUAACAUAUGUUAUAGGCAUAGUCUUUUUCGAACAACUUGUGCAUCUAGCGAAUGAUUGUGUAAACUGAUAAUAGAUAGUGUGAGCACUGAAAACUUUGUAGCUAAAGAAAUGGCCGACAAGUUAGGCUUGAAAAUUGAAAAGUUAAAUAGGCCAUACAAGAUAGCAUGGUUCAAGGGUGGUGGUGAGGUUCUAGUUGAUCAUAGGUGCCUAGUUAAAUUUUAUGUUGGAAAGUAUAUGGAUGAGAUUUGGUGUGAUGUAGUUCCUUUAGAAGUAUGUCAUAUCCUAUUAGGUCGGCCCUGGCAAUUUGAUAGAAAAACCAUUCACGACGGGGAAAAGAACACAUACACAUUUAUAAAGGAUAAAGUGAAAAUUACAUUGCACCCACAACGAGAGGAACCAAAUUCUAGUGGAGAGGACCACUCCGUAAACCAUAGUAGUGGUGGAAGGUAACAGGUAAUGACUCUUAGCGAAAAGCGAUUUCAAGUAGAUUUAGAGGGGUCACCCAUAAUUUACGCUUUGAUGAGCAAAGAAGUUUCUGAGGUGAGUACGAUUCCAAAGGAAAUUUAACCACUGAUCUUCAAAUUUUCUGACAUCAUUCCAGAAGAACUUCCUGAUGGAUUAUCAUCUAUGAGGGACAUCCAACAUCGUAUAGAUUUAGUUUCGGGAGCUAUCCUUCCUCACUUACCUCAUUAUUGAAUGAGUCCCUUUGAGUACGAGGAGCUACAUCGACAAAUGACAGAAUUGUUAAGAAAAGGCUACAUUAUAGAAAGUCUUAGUCCAGUAGGGGUACCUAUGCUCCUCAUACCAAAGAAAGAUGGAUCUUGGCAAAUGUGCAUUGAUUGUCGUGCAAUAAACGAAAUAACCAUCAAAUAUAGGUUUCCCAUUCCUAGGCUUGAUGACAUGAUAGAUAUGCUUAGUGGAGCAAAAAUCUUUUCGAAAAUUGAUCUCAGGAGCAGAUACCAUCAGAUUGGAUAAGACCCGGGGAUGAAUGGAAAACAGCUUUUAAGAGACGUGAGGGGUUGUAUGAAUGGAUAGUUAUGCCAUUUGGUCUAUCAAACGCACCAAGUACUUUCAUGAGAGUGAUGAACCAAGUGCUCCAUCUUUUUAUAGGAAAGUUUGCUGUUGUUUAUUUUGAUAAUAUCCUAAUAUAUAGUUCGUGCCUCAAAAGUCAUUUAGGACACUUAAGGAAAAUUUUACAAACCUUGAAAGACAAUCAUCUUUUUGUCAAUUUGAAGAAAUGUACCUUCCUCACUAAUAGCUUAGUCUUUUUUGGAUACAUUGUAUUGUUCGAAGGAUUGAAAGAUGACCCCGCUAAGGUAGAAACCAUCCAAAACUGGCCACCUCUAACUACAGUCAGCGAAGUUAGGAGUUUCCAUGGGCAAGCUUCCUUCUAUCGUCGUUUUAUGAGAAAUUUUAGUUCUGUGAUUGCUCUCAUCACUGAUUGUUUGAAAACAACAAAAUUUGAAUGGACCCAUGAAGCCGAGAAGGGUUUUGAUCCUAUAAAAGCCAAAAUUACUAGUGCACCAGUGUUGGUGCUCCCCAACUUUGAGAAAAUUUUUGAAGUUAAUUGUGAUGCUUCUAAGAUAGGUAUAGGUACAGUCCUUAGUCAAGAAGAGCAUCCUGUGGCGUUCUUUAGUGAGAAGUUGAAUGAAGCACGAACUAGAUACUCCACAUAUAACUUAGAGUUCUAUGCUAUUGUCCAAGUUUUAUGUCAUUGGAGACAUUAUCUAAUUCAAAGAGAAUUUGUGUUGAACACAGACCAUGAAGCACUAAGAUACUUGAACUCCCAAAAGAAUCUUAACAAAUGACAUGCAAAAUGGACCGCCUUCUUGCAAGAGUCUACUUUUCACUUGAAACACAAACCAGGGUUACUAAUAGGGUUAUUGGUGCCCUUAGCCGACGAACUAGCCUAUUAGUAGGCAUGUCUAUAUGAGUUGUAGGAUUUAAAUCCCUUAAAGAAUUGUAUAAGGAUGACCCAUACUUUGCUUUAAUCCUCGAGGCUUGUUUAGAGAAAGGCACAGACCCAACAAAUAAUUUUGUCAUUCAGAAUGGGUAUUUAUUUAAAGGACCACGGCUUUGUAUACCUGAAGGAUCACUUAGAGAGAACUUGGUACAAGAAUUGUACAGUGGAGGUUUAGGAGGACAUUUUUGGUUAAGACAAGAUUUUGGGAUUAGUACAAGAAAGAUACUUUUGGCCUAAGAUGCGGAGAGAUGUUGUGAGAUUUGUAGAGAGAUGCCCAACUUGUCAAACUUUUAAGGGCCAUAAACAAAACACAGGGUUAUAUAUACCUUUACCAACGCCUAUUGCUCCUUGGGAGGACAUCACCCUGGACUUUGUAUUAGGUUUACCACGAACUGCUAGAAAUGUAGAUUUAGUUUUUGUUGUUGUUGAUCAAUUCACAAAAAUGGCACAUUUCAUACCAUGUCAAAAAACAUCAGAUACAUCACAUAUAGUGAACUUAUUUUUCAAACAAGUAGUACGUCUGCAUGGCAUUCCUAAAUCUUUCACAUCAGAUAGAGAUACUAAAAUUUUUUAAGCCAUUUUUGGAGAACUCUUUGGUCUAAAUUAGGAACAAAAUUAUAAUUCAGCAGUGCAUACCAUCCCCAAACAGAUGGAUAAACUGAAGUGGUCAAUCGAUCACUAGGAGAUUUACUAAGGUGUUUAGUGGGAGAAAAGUCAUACCAAUGGGACUUAAUUCUACCACAAGCUGAAUUCAUCUAUAACAGCUCUAUUAACAGAACGACUAGAAAGUCUCCUUUUGAAGCCUUGUAUGGCCGAUCUAUUCCUUACUUCCUGGAUAAAAACCCUUUAUCCUUUUCCGAAAGAAUCAGUGCUGUUGCAGAAGCUUAUUUAAAAAAUAUUGAGGAAAUGCAUCAAAGUAUCCUUGAUAAGCUACAAGUUUCUUCUCAUAAAUAUAAGGAAGCGGCCGAUCAACAUCGAAAAGAGAGUGUUCGACGAAGGGGAUUUUGUCAUGGUCUAUUUCCAAAGAGAAAGAUUUUCGGUUGGUACGUAUAGCAAACUGAGUAGAAAGAAAUUUGGCCCUUACUGCAUUAUCAAAAGAUUAGGGCCUAAUGCUUACCUACUAAAACUUCCAACUGACAUACCAACUUCAUCAGUCAUCGAUCUAUACAAAGUCCAUGGAAAUCCCCCAAUAAUUUUGAAACCAAUGGUUCGCCUUUUCACGACACGAGCAACAAUACUACGGACCGGAUUGAGGGCAUUGUGGAUGUGCGUGACACUACUACACGUCAAGGAGUGACUCGACGAUUCCUUGUUAAGUGGGAAGGACGAUCAUUAUUAGAUGGUAGCUGGGUGGAAGAAGCUGAACAUCAGAGUCUUCACAAAGACUUGUAUGAAAACUACACGGAAGCCAUCUCGAUGGGAUCGAGAUCUUUUCACCUUGGAGAAAAUGAUGCGAGCAUCAACUAGCUUUCAUGGUAAGUCUCUUAAUAAAGUUAAGUCUCUUAAUAAAGUUUAGUCCCAUAUUUUAAUUGGAUAAGUUGAGGUUAACUAGAUCCAACCUUAAAAGAAAAAAAAACACCUAAGCUAAACCUUUCCUAAACUUGAACCAAAAACUGGAUUUGAGAGAGUUCUUCUCUACCUGAAUUUUGAAAUUCAAAUGGGAGAGAUUUAAGCAACAAAUUGGUGGAGAUAUCUUAGCAACAACCUGGAGUUUGAAACUAGAAGUUUGUUGAGAUUUCAAGGGGAAAAGUCAGUUGUUGAAAACUGACCUCGUUGGAUAUAAAAAGGAGAGUGCCGAUUGAAAAAAAAAGGAGGAAAAAAAAAGAAAACAAAAGAAAAUUCUGGAUCUACCUCUCCGUCGCCCUAUUUGGUUGUUAUCUUCUCUGUAAUCUGAGCUUGGAUUGGCCCCUCUUCUCUAUCUGAGCCUGGAUUGGCCAUGCCUCCCUCUUAUUACUGCUACAAGUGUUGCUGGAUGCCCCACGCGGAGUUGACGGCUGAAUGUAGGUUUCCACGACUUCUUUAGAAACUGUAGUGACCUCCAUGUUUGCUGUCCCUGUUGUGCAGAGCAGAGAAUUAUAGGCUGAAGCAAUUACGGUGCUGAUUUGUUGCUGAAAAUCAGUCCAAAACAGUUGAAAGUUGGAGUUACUUGCAGCUGAAAGGAACUUUGAUGCUUCUCAAUAGCUUGGGCUGAGAGUUUUCAGAAGCCUUGCAGGAAAUGGGUACCUGUCUUCUUGAAAAAACUGCAUUAAAUGAUGAUGAAGAAAGUGGGCAUGUUUUAUUACUACUGGGGAAAGUGCAGUUUGAACUUCAGAAACUCAUAGAUAGCUAUCGUGUGCAUAUUAUGCAGACCAUUACGACCCCCUCAGAGUCUCUUCUCAAGGAGCUUCAAACUGUAGAGGAGAUGAAACGCCAGUGUGAUGAUAAAAGAGAUUUGUAUAAGUUCAUGCUAGCUGCACAAAGAGAAAAAGGAAGGUCAAAACAUGCCAAAGGUGAAAGUUUUUCUCCACAGCAGUUGCAAGCAGCUCGAGAAGAUUAUCAAGAGGAGGCAACUCUUUUUGUGUUUCGCUUAAAAUCAUUAAAGCAAGGGCAGUCCCGAAGUCUUUUGACACAGGCUGCUCGGCACCAUGCUGCACAGUUAAAUUUGUUUAGGAAAGGAGUUAAAUCUCUUGAGGUGGUUGAACCACAUGUCAAAGCAGUGGCUGAACAACAGCAUAUUGAUUAUCUGUUCAGUGGACUUGAGGAUGACACAGAUGAUGAUGAUGAUGAUGAUGAUGAUGUGGAUGAUACUAGAUAUGAUGGCAGUGAUGAUGGGGAGUUGAGUUUUGACUAUGGACAAAAUGACCAUGGUCAAGAUCAUGUUUCUGUUUCUAGAAACUCAAUGGAGUUAGAUCAACUGGAUCAAACAAAUGCUCCAACAUCAACUACUGAAACUGCACAGGACAAUCUUGACCCGAGCCAAGCAGAAAUUCCAUUCAGCAGGGGGCCUUGGUCUGUUAGCCUGUCAGCACCACUUUUAGCUGAUAAGAAGUUUGAACCAUCUGAAAGGAUAAAACAAAUGCAACCUUCAUCAACAAGGAAGUCUAACACUUAUGUUCUUCCCACACCAGUUGAUGUGAAAACCUCAGAUUUAAGAGGGUCAGGAACUUCACUUGAUGCACCUCGGCUGGAAAGAAAGGGUGGCUGGCCCACACAGUUGUGGCAUUCGUCACCAUUGCAGCCAAACAUGCUUGUGAAAGAAUUCAGAGAUGAUGAGCAGUCAAGCCCCACCAGAUUGCCUAAAGCAUAUUCGGUAAUUAGAGAAAGCAACACUAGUAGUGGCCCCAUUAAAAUGCCCCCUCCGUUGAGUGAGGGAUUCUCAUUGCCACAGGUAAAUCCAGUCUAUGCUUCGGACACUAAAAAUAUAAAGAGACAAGCUUACUCUGGUCCUUUGACAAGUAAAGCGUGGCCAGGUAAGCCCACAUUUUUUGCAACUGAUUCCACAUUGUCAGUGGAUUAUCAUCCUGCAGCUUCUACAAAGCCAACACGUAUUCCCACACCUCAGCCAUCUACAUCUCAAAAAAUGUCCUCUAGUGCCUCACCUCCUCCUAUAACAUCACCAAAAAUUAAUGAACUUCAUGAGCUUCCAAGACCUCCAAACAGUGCAGUGAAAUCUACCAGACCAUCUGGUUUGAUUGGACAUUCAGGUCCUUUGGUAUCUAGAGGUCAAGAGCUUCAUGCAACAAUCAAGUUGCCAUUGAUUGCAUCACGCACAGCAUCACCGCUACCAACACCGCCCGGGGUUAUGACUCGCAGUUUUUCUGUACCCUCUAAUAGUCCAAGAACAUCAACAACACCAAUGCUAACAGUUGCCAAGUUAUUGGAAGCUCCUCAAAAUGAAAGCAGAACUACAGAUGUAUCUUCACCUCUUCUGACCCCAAUAUCUUUGAUGAAUGUGCAACCUGUGUCAACACUAUCUGAAUCAGUAGAUCAAGACACAAAAACAAAAGGGCUUUUAUAAUCGGAAUGCCUUUCGGGUGUUCAAAGACAAUAGAAUUGGAGAGCAGUCUCCUCAUGCAAUUUGUGUACAUUAUAAUCUGUCUAUUCUUAGUGUCCCCCAGCCCCCAUGUAUUCCUGGUUUUUGUUGGCUAUUGAUUAUAAUUAUGAUGAGAACAAGCACCAAUGCAUCAAAUAAGGAAUCUUAAUGGUGUACUUUGAUUCAUUAAUGAGAGUUUUGGUCCGUGAUAACCAU